AUGAAUUUCAUUACGCGAUUCUGGGCAACAAUAGGUGCAGAUACGAAUUUUGAAAGUGUAUUAAUUAUUGAUUGAAACAAUUAGGCGAGAUUAGCAGCCACAUAUGGAAAUGAAUACCCUCCAGAGGAGAGAGAUAUCAAAAUUAUAUUGAAUGCACUCUCUGGCUUUGAUAAAGAGACAGAUAGAAGAAUCGCUUUUGGUUCAAUUGUGUGGAAAUUAAAAUAAAUUCAUAGGAAUGAUGAUGAUUGGAUUAUCAUAAUCAAAAAUUUGAUCAUUAUAGAUAGGUAUUUAGGUCACAAAAAUUGAUGAGGUGUGUGAAUGAUGGUAUUCUAUUAAAAGAAUUUUGUGAGUUGGAUUUACCUAACAUAGAGAAUUGGGUUGAAAAAAAUAGUAACAAUAAUAAACUGCUAAUUCAUGAGUUAAUAUCCAAAUAUUACAAUUAUAUCAAAUUCAAAUCGUAGUAGUUAAGAACUUCAUUCUCUUUGACAUUGUACAAAAAAGAAAAGUUUUUGCAUUUCAGUCAGCUUUCUGUUGGGUAAACUUAAAAUGAAAUCAAUUUAAUUUUGCAAUUUGUUGAUAAAGCUUUUGAAGUCAUAGAGACUAAACAAAAUGGCCAUUUAAAAUAUAAGCUUUGUUAAUAUGUCUUUCUAAUGAUCCUUAAUGAUCUAUUUAAAUAUUAUAGUUGCUCACUUGUAGCAUUUAAUGUUUUGAUCAAAAAGAUUGAGUAAUUAUAAUUGGAGGAUCUUCUUUAAAUGGCUGAAAUCACAAGACUACUAUACAAAUUUUGCAACUAACUCGACACAUUCAUUAAUUAAAAUAAAUUCAUUGCAGGAUUUGAAUAUUUUGAUGUAGAAUAUAAAGUAUUUUGUAAAAUAUGCUAAGAUAACACCUGAUUUAGUUGAGUUGAUUGUCUAAUAUAUGAAUCUAUAUGAGCAAGCCUAAAAAGGAACAUCUAGCUAGCCCAAAGAAAUUCAUUUUAAUACAUAAAAAUCCAUAUAGGUUCUAGCAAAGAUAAGUAUUUAUUUACUCAUUCCUUAGUUUCACAAAGUCCUUAUAAGUUAUAAAGUUAAGAAUCUUUUAUGGGUCAAGGCAAUGUAUAGUAGUAAUACAGCAAAUCGGUAAUGUAUUGUAAUCAAUUCAAACAUAAAUUUGAUGAAAUUGCAUUUCAAGAAUUUCAAAAUAAUUUUUCUUCAAAGUAUGAACUUGUAAUGAUAUUGACACUAGUUAUAUAACAAUACCAGAUUAUUAUAAAUAGAAUAAGGCGAUUCUAGAAUUCAAGGAGGAAGAUGAGGAGCUAGACAUUCUAGCGAAAAUCGAAGAGUAUAAAAUGAAAAUUCAAUGUGAUCAAUAAAUACAUUUACUCUAUCCAGAAGCUUUCAAUGAAAAAAAGUUCUUAAAUUUUGAAAAUAUUUAUUAUUAAUGA